AUGAACUAGUACUACCGCUGAUCAGAGUAUUCCGCAUCACCGAAUUCCCAGAGUCUUUCGCCAUGCUUUUUCUGCCGGAAACACAUGGGCGUUUUCCGGUAGGGGCGACUACCUUUAAGCUUCCUGUAUCCACCACGAAAGUGCUGGGCACUGCAAAGAUACGUGGAGAAGGUGGAACUUUGAAACCUGCAUUACAACUUGAUGAAGUCGUCUUUACAGCCUAUUAUCCUGCGGACGUAAAGGAUAACAACACCAAGAAAGGGAUGGACUGGCUUCUCCGUCCAUUGCAGGCGUCUCUACAUGGUUACGCACGUUUUUCAGGGGUUUUUUCCUGGCUCAUAUGGCCUAUCCUGUAUCUCUAUGGUGCCCUGUUGAAAAUUCCAGUUUAUCCGAAUGCACCUCUUUUGAGGCAGCCCCCCACUGUGUCUGAUGGGCAUGCUAAAUCUGAAACCCGGCCUUGGCCUCUUGUUAUAUUCUCACAUGGCCUGGGCGGUAGCCGGACAGCAUACAGUCAAUUGUGCACUCGUCUUGCAUCUUCAGGGCGAGUGGUUCUAGCUAUCCAGCACAGUGAUGGCUCAGGUCACGCAUUCAUUUCAUCAGCUACCGGACUUGGACUCUACGUCCAAGAGAGGGAUUUGAUUUGGACUUCAGACGCCAAAGAUGAUGAAAGAACGAUGAUCUAUUUUCGACAGCAACAGCUGGCUUUUAGGCGACACGAGAUAUACCUUGCAUUCCGUAGCUUUAAACAAGUAGUUCAAGAUGGUUAUCAAGCGUCAACCCAUGGAUUACAGAUCAUAGACAAGAAUCCAAUCGACUGGUCUUCGUGGUCAAGCGACGACGAUAACCAGGCAGUCGAAUGUGAAAAAGACGUUCUCCUUGCUGGACAUUCGUUUGGCGGUGCUACUGUUUUCACAAUCCUUUCUACUGAUCCUCCUGCCGAUGUGUGCGCACCCAUUCCUGUGCAUAGAGCCUUGAUAUUGGAUCCUUGGCUAGAACCAAUCCCUUCACCUGGCCCGUGCCCACCUCCUCAGAGACCAGGUGAUGCUUUGCCGCAGUUGCUUAUCAUCAACUCUGAGAAGUUCACCCUCUGGAAGGAUCAUUUUUCGCGACUGGUCAGUGUGAUGCAAGCCUGGGAGCCCGAGAAACGGAGGGUGCUGACCAUCGUACGCUCGCAGCACACCUCGUUCUCAGAUUUCCCUCUCCUCCCGCUUUUCUCUCGGAGAGCUGCACGCAUAGUAAUGGAUAGGAUUAUGGAAUUAUCAGAGGCAUUUAUAGAUGGUGACGUAGACACGUUUGUGGACGAAAUUGCGACUAGGAAGAUGGAAAUCCGUGUAGUUGGGAAGAAGCCAGACGGUUCACCACAACGACAGCUCGUAGGCGAGGAUUUGUGCCGAACCUCAUCCACUUUAGGACCAUCAUCUAUGGCUCCUCCCAAGUCCGACCCUGCGGCAUCAGACACUUACAUUCCCCUCUUUAAAUCUAUAGGUCUUUCCCAGGCCAAAGCGGCAGAGGCAGCAAAGAAUGCCAAAAUCGCCAAUGUCCUUCGUAAUCUGAUUGUUUCAUACGAUCUUACCGAAGCUCACCUGGAUGAAAAGCAGGCCACGCUCGUCACCGCACUUGCUGGCCAGCUAGCUAAGGCAGAAUCUGUAGAACCUAGCGAACAAGAUUUUGUCAUCAAGGCAAUCUUGCAGGGGAAGCUCAAAUCUGUCGAUCAGGUCAAUGCUGCUGUCAAGUAUCUCGAGACACAUCGUGUGCCUAUCAACGAGAGUGAAUUUGAUGCAGAGUGUGGUGUUGGUUUCAGCAUUACAUCCGAAGAGCUCUAUAGCUCAGUCACGAGUUACAUCCGCGAGAAUGCUGUUGCUGGCUGGCCUAACCUUGGCUCCGUCAUUAGUGGGGUCAAGGCCAGCCCGGCUCUUCGAUGGGCGAACCCCCUUGAAGUUAAAAACGCCGUCGAGAAGGUGUUUACGGAAACCUUUGGUGCUAAGGAGGCCGCGAAGCCGAAAACCAAGGAGCCUAAAAAAGAGAAGGCCCCGCAGCCAACGGCAACGGCAUCAGAGACUGAUGCUGGGUCUAGUUCAUCCAAUAGAAAACCCGUUUUUGAAGAGGGCUUCUUGGGCGCACUGCAUAAGCCAGGGGAGAACCCCCAGAUCAAGCCAGAACUUCGUGAGCAGCACCUGCGCGCUACUGGUGGACAGGUCUGGACACGUUUCCCACCUGAACCAAAUGGCUAUCUACACAUCGGCCAUUCCAAGGCUAUUUUCGUGAACUUCGGUUAUGCCGCACACCAUAGAGGGAAGUGUUAUUUGCGCUUCGAUGAUACCAACCCGGAAAAAGAAGAGGCCAGAUAUUUUGAGAGCAUUAUCGAGGUCGUCCGCUGGCUUGGAUUUGAACCCUGGAAGAUAACCUACUCCAGUGAUUACUUCGAUCAGCUUUACGCUCUUGCCAUCGAGCUCAUUAAGCGCGACAAAGCUUAUGUAUGCCAUUGCACUCAGGAGCAAAUCAAAGCUGACAGGGGCGAAAAGGUAUCAGCUCCUAAAGCCUGCGUGCAUAGAACACGGCCGAUCCAAGAAUCGUUGAAUGAGUUCAAAAAGAUGAACGAUGGUUAUUAUCAGCCCAAGGAAGCCAAUCUCCGGAUGAAGAUGGAUCUGACAGAUGGCAACCCGCAGAUGUGGGAUCUUACGGCGUACCGUGUUUUGGACGCAAGCCACCAUCGCACCAAGGAUAGAUGGAAGAUAUACCCCACCUACGAUUACACACACUGCCUCGUGGAUAGCUUCGAAAAUAUUUCCCAUUCUCUCUGCACUACGGAAUUCAUUGCUUCACGCCAGUCAUAUGAGUGGCUUUGUGACGCCCUGGACGUAUACAAACCAAGGCAGUCAGAGUUUGGUCGUCUUAAUCUUCAAGGGACGAUCAACUCGAAAAGAAAAAUUCUCCAGCUGGUAGAUGAAGGUUACGUUAGCGGAUGGGACGAUCCUCGCCUCUACACCCUCAUUGCUCUCAGAAGGCGAGGCGUACCUCCGGGCGCGAUUUUGUCCUUUGUCAGCACGUUGGGCGUUUCAACGGCUGCCUCAAACAUCCAAAUUGCACGCUUCGAACAAACUGUGAGGCAAUACCUGGAAGGCAGUGCACCGCGUCUCUUCAUGGUCCUCCGUCCUCUCAAAGUCACAAUUGAGAACGUUCCCGACGAUUACCUCGUAGUAGUGGACAAACCAUUCCAUCCCAAGAAUCCCCAGCUUGGAUCUUCACAGAUUCCAUUCACCCGCACGAUUUACAUUGACGCAGACGACUUCAGGCUGGAAGACUCAAAAGACUACUUCCGCCUUGCACCUGGAAAGAGUGUCGGCCUAUUCCAAGCACCUUACCCCAUUACAUGUACAUCAUACAAGACUGAUUCCUCCACUGGUGAGGUGACAGAGGUAUUCUGUCGCCUCGAGGAUUCUGGCCCUCCUCCAAAACCCAAGGCAUAUAUCCAGUGGGUCGCCGAACAUACACCUUCGGGAAGUCCUGUUCGCAUCGACGAAACAAGAAUAUUUCACCCUCUAUUCAAGAGCGACAACCCACUCGCGGCCGUUCCUGACUUCAAAGCUGACAUCAACUCUAACAGCAUGGAAGUCAUCAAGGGCGCCAUGGUUGAAGUCAGCUUCUGGCCACUUGCAAAGCGGUCUAUCGCAGACGCCCUCGAGGAGGCUCGGGCGAGAUCAGCCACAGCCAAAGCAGUCCCAGGUGCGGGCUCCCAUGACGCAGGCACUCCAGAGGUCACGCCAGAGCAACUCGUCGGAAAGGAAUGUGUACGAUUCCAAGGUCUGCGUGUCGCGUACCUUGCGGUAGACACGGACUCUCGCUUGGGUGCUCUGGAGGAGCCCUCAGAUGUUCCUCCGGGCCUGAGGCAGGGCGACUAUUUGGUACUCAACCGCAUUGCCAGUUUGAAAGAAGAUGCUGGAAAGGGGAUGUAA